AUGUCCUGCUCCAGCCUGUGUGCCCCUGUGUGCGGGGUGGCUGCCCCGACCCCGCUGGCUGACAGCGCCAACGAGCCCUGCGUGCGGCAGUGCCCCGACUCCACCGUGGUGAUCCAGCCCCCGGCCACGGUGCUCACCUUGCCUGGACCCAUCCUCAGCUCCUUCCCUCAGCACGCCGUAGUUGGCUCGGCAGGAGUCCCGGCUGUUGCAGGGGGCUUUGGCGGCACUUUUGGAGGCCGUGGUGCCUUUGGGGGUUAUGGAGGCCUUGGGGGUUAUGGAGGCCUUGGCGGCUAUGGGGGCUAUGGAGCCUUUGGGAGCUGUGGAUAUGGCGGCUGGCAAGGCCUUGGCGGCUAUGGGGGCUAUGGAGCCUUUGGGAGCUGCGGAUACGGUGUCAGGCGUCGGGGCCUCAGGUACCUCAGUGGCAACUGUGGGCCCUGCUAA